AUGUUCGCCAGCGUGGGGUGGUUGGAAAGGUUGGAAGCGGUUGGAAAAGGGUGGAAAAUAUGGUCGGACAAAGUCGGUUGCAGCCAACCUGCCGGCUCCCUUGCUUCCCGCCCUAGCUUGAGCGGUCGCAUCUCUUCAGGGCUGCAGCCCAAGGCCUCGCAACUGACCAUAUAAUGAAUAAUAUGACCUGUCUCUACGAUGCCUUCUUCCCUCGCGGAUCGCUGCAUGCGUCAUCGCUCAAUGAGGCCAGGAGUGCCGACGCGUCUGGCGUCCCAUUUGGCCCCGAUUCGGAUGCAACCCUCGUAACUUCGCAGCAGCGGUCGACAUCGAUCGCAGCGACGGUUCCAGGUGGCAAUUCCAAUUUGAAUCAAGAGCAUGGAAAUGACCCCAAUGUCUCCCAUACGGCUGUGUUUAUCGUUCCUUGUGGCAUUCCUUCGUGUCGUUGCCGUUCGCCUGACCCCUCCUCUCCCCCUCGAUCAAUUGGCGCUAGCCGUUUCGGGGUCGAUCUCGACUACCCUUACUUACCACAAUGCCUUUGGCAUUCCAUACUCCUCACCGACGACGAUGAAGGCUUCACAACCCUCUGUACGAAGCGACCCAAGUGUAGGAUAAGGUGUGCCUUCUGUAGUUCUGCUCACUCGAAGAUCCCUAGCUACCUCGUGUAAGCGAUAGAAGUAACUCAUUUGAUGGUGUCACCCCGCUGAUCUGGAGGAUUUCCGUAUAACCACUGUUGUUCACUGAUUCACUCUUAUACUCUCUUGUCUGUCGUUUCCUUCCAUCAUUCUUUUGCAGCUCGAAAGUCAUUCCUGUUUGACCGUUGACCAAGCCAUUUACAAUCCUUAAUAAUUCCCAGCCCGCUGAAGCA